AUGAUUCAGUUCGGGGCAGAAGAAAUCAUUCCGAUACCAAAUCUCAGCCACCCGCAGCACCUAUUCACUCUUAUCUCAUCAACGCUCGGGCAACUUCACGACAAUGCAAGAAAACAGUUACUUGAAGGAAUCAUGGCAGACAGUGCUCUAACGCCUCACUCUGCAUUGCUCGAAUCGAUGGAGAAAGAUAAUGAGGAAGAGCUCAGGAAGCUAAACGAGAGACUAGCAGAGGCGGAGAAGCAAGAGGGGGAAUCUGAGAUAUCAGACGCUUUGAAAGCCAGAACCGAUCAUCUAACUCAAAUUGGUGACAAGGAAGGCGCAGUCGCGGCGCAAAAAUUUGCCCUUGUCAAAACACCUGGCCUAGGCUCGAGGAUAGAUAUGGUGCUCACUCUCAUCCGACUAGGAUUUUUCUUCGGUGAUAAUGGCCUAAUCACUGAGAACCUCCCCAAAGCAAAAAGAUUCAUCCAGGAGGGUGGUGACUGGGAUAGGCGUAAUCGUCUAAAAGUCUACCGCGGGCUCCGCAUGAUAUCCAUCCGCCAGCUUAAGGCCGGUAGCGCACUUCUCCUCGAUGCACUAUCGACAUUCAUCGCCACUGAACUCGACUAUUUCCCACUGCUGAUCAUAUUUUCUGUAGCUCAUUACCGCACCAGAGGUUAUCUCCGUUUUGCCCGAAAUUCCGAUCCUUGGAGACUCUUAAACAACCUUUACGACUGUCAUUACGCAAAAUUCUUCAUCGCACUCCCGACCCUUGGGCAGACAUAUCUUCUGCCCUUGCGACUCCUUUUGCCUCAUACCUGCUACUAUGUACGAGAGAUGCGCAUCUUGGCAUACAACCAACUUCUGGAGUCCUACUGCAGUCUUACUCUUGAAAGUCUUAGCGGUGCAUUCGGUGUCGGCGUCGGCAUCGAGUUUGUUCACAGUGAGCUCUCAUGGUUUAUUGCCAACGGACAUCUGCAUUGCACCAUCGACAGGGUGCACGGUAUUGUGGAGACGAUAUCGCUCAAGAACGCACAAUACGACAAAGUCAUAAAGCAAGGCGAUGUCUUGUUGAAUUCAGUACGAAGAUUCAGCAAAGCGCCGCACUAGUACUCUAUGUCUCGUCUCAGUGUUUCGUGUA